AUGAGCGAUAAGGAUGCUAGUGAGAUUCUCGCCGCUAUGAAAAUGCAACCCACGUCUCCAGACCCUCAUUGUUAUCGGUCUGAAUUGUUGCCUUUCGCCCAACAGUUCCUAGACAUUAUCAAGUCUCUCAGUGCCACCCAGAGCACCCCUGCUCCCCCUGCUGCCGCAGACGAAGUUAAAGCCGAAGACCCUCCAGAAAGGUUUCAGACAUACAAGACAUUCAAUGAGGUUUGGGAUGAAAAGGCGUACAAGUAUGUCAUCGAGGAACAACACCAACCGGAAGAAAAGGUUGAUGGGCUGGAUCAAUACGUUUUCAUAGAGCGUAGGCAUAUUAUCAAGAAAACCGAAAUACCAGUGGUCUAUAUUGAUAUCAAGUCGAAAUUGCUCCGAGAUACCUUGAGAGUUAUACUUGCACAAGCUCCUGAGAUUAGUCUCAACAAGGAAAGCCUCUCCGACAGCAUCAUCCGGGAGCCAGUGUUUCCAUUAGUAUAA